UCAGAUCGCUUCAUGUCGGCUCUGCACCAGAACAAGGACUGGGCAGCCAAGAUUGCCAAGGAGGACCCUCAACUCUUCCCCACGCUCGCCGUAGGCCAGCAGCCGGAGAUCCUGUGGAUCGGGUGCUCCGACUCGCGGUGCCCUGAAACCACCCUGCUGGGCCUCAAGCCUGGCGACGUCUUCGUCCACCGUAACAUUGCCAACGUGCUGCACGCCAGCGACCUCAGCUCGUCGGCCGUGAUCGAGUACGCCGUGAAGCACCUGCGCGUCAAGCACGUGGUCGUGUGCGGCCACACCAGCUGCGGUGGGGUCGCUGCCGCCCUGGGCAACAAGCAGCUCGGCAUUCUGGACCCGUGGCUCAUGCCCCUGCGCCAGCUCCGCGAGCAGCACUUGAGCCUGCUCAACUCGCUUCCCACCGACGAGGCCAACCUGAAGCUCGUCGAGCUGAACGUCCACGAGGGUGUCAAGACGCUCAAGCAGAAGAGUGUCGUGCUGGAUGCCAUCCAGGAGCGGGGCCUGCGCGUCCACGGCUUGAUCUAUGAUGUCGGAAGCGGUGUGCUCCGGGAGUUGGAUACCGAUGAGCCCGAGGAGGCCAUCAAGGCGCGUCUCACUUCGUUCAAGACCGACGUCUAGACUCGGUUGCGAGUUCACAUUUGGGAGGUUCGGUGUUGGUUCUUGCGCUCUGGGUUCAGAGAUGGUGUCGUGGGUCGUGUCGUGUUCAUUUCAGCGAUAAGUGGGGUUUUGCAUAUUUGUUGUAUUUAACUGCUCGGUUGCUUGCUGCUUGCGAGGGCGAGCGAGAUGGAAU